AUGAAUACAAAAUGUGGACUAAUAUCAUUCAACUGUUUUCUAUCUACAAGUGAGAAUCGUGAAGUCGCAGACGAAUUUGCUGAUAUUGCUCUACCGGAUCCCAAUUUAAUUGGCAUUAUCUUCAAAAUGACUAUUCAUCCAUCUGUUUCGUCAACUCCUUUCGCCGCUAUUAACGAGGUUAGUUAUUUCAAAACAGAACAAGAAGUUCUUUUUUCAAUGCACACCAUUUUUCGAAUUGUUGAUACCAUUAGUAUAGACAAUAAUAAUCGACUUUAUCAAGUAGAAUUAAGACUAACUGCUGAUGAAGAUCAAGAACUCCGAACACUUGGAGAAUACAUACGAAACGAAACUAGUGCAUCAACAGGAUGGGAACGACUUAGUAAAUUGUUAGUUGGUAUAGGUCAGUAUGAAAAAGCCGAAGAGUUUUUUAAAGUAUUACUCGAACAAACAUCUGAUGAACAAAAGAAGGGACUACUCUACAAUCAGCUUGGAUUUAUAAGAGAACAUCAACGUGAUUAUGAAAAGGCAAUUUUCUAUUAUGAUAAAUCACUAGAAAUUGAACGAAAAACUCAUCCUCCAAAUUAUUCUGGAUUAGUCACUUGCUACAACAAUAUUGGUGAAGUGUAUUGA